CCUCCCACUGUGAUGUGUGGGAUCCCGUCGAUUCUGCGUUCCGCGCAAGAUUUACCUCCAGAAGACCCGUGUUUCUGCUGGGAAAAGUAGUGUGUGCUCCUAGAACUUAUUCUCUCUUUGAGUUUUUCCCACAGAAAUGGUCAAGAAUUCGCACAAGUGGUUUGGAGUACUUUUAGCUUCUGCUGUGUUGUUGACAUUCUUAGUCACCUGCUUCUGGAGCUAUGGAGGAGAGCGUGCCAAGUCUGUCCAAAGGUUAAACCCCAUAGCUGCAGAGAUUUACAGGAUGAUCUCACCAUCUACGUACAAGUAUGUCCUCAACCAGCCACACAAAUGCAAGGAGAGGAGGCCGUUCCUGGUGCUGAUGGUUCCGGUUUCUCCAGGUGAGCGUGCUUCUAGAGAUGCCAUCAGGAAAACAUGGGGUCAAGAGGAUCUGAUCCCCGGUGUUCAUCUCCUGAGGGUCUUCUUUGUGGGUCUGCCCACUGGAGAACAAGGCCCAACCAUCCAGAAGGACCUAGAGAGGGAGAGUCUGGAGCAUGAAGACAUUGUCCAGAUGAGCUUUGAGGAUAGCUAUCAUAACCUUACCAUCAAGACCAUGAUGAUGAUGAACUGGCUGGCCACCAGUUGCCAGGGAGCAUCCUAUGCCAUGAAGAUCGACGCAGACAUCUUCCUGAAUGUGGACUACCUGGUCAAUAAGCUCCUGGUGCCCAACUCCACCAGACGGAAUUAUAUUACCGGCUCGGUCAUUAAAGAUGGUCAUCCAAGAAGGGACAAGAACAGCAAGUGGUACAUGCCUGAGGACAUCUUCCCGGAAGACUCGUAUCCUCCAUAUGUUUCCGGGGCCGGGUACCUGUUUUCAGCCGACCUCGGCAAGAAGAUUUCCAUGGCAUCUCGUUUUGUGAGACCCGUUCCCCUUGAGGACAUCUACGUGGGUUUAUGCCUGCGGGUUUUAGGUGUCCAGCCUGUGUACGCUUUCAGUUUCACCUCAAUGCACAACUUGUUUGAAAUCUAUCAUGUGAAGUACCAGAGGUGCGUUUAUUACCAACGCGUCAUUGUGACCGGCUUUCAGCCUGAUGAGCUUCUCUGCAUCUGGCACGACUUCCAGAAAGCCAAGUCCACAUGUUAACACUUUGAACACUUUUGUGCCAUGAGUAGAACACUGUAACUCUGACAGUGCACCUUCAAAGCUUUGAACCUUUAAUUUUUUAUAUGUAAUUUUCACUCCCGUGAAAGCGUUACACAAAAAAUUCUCUUUUUUUCAGGAAGAGACAUGUUACAUGUGUUGUGAGAACAAUCAAAUCUAUUAAGUUCUAUUUCUA